GAGAAGGAGAAGGAGCAGUUGAUGUCGGCCAUGGAGAAGGAGGUCGAGGCGCUCAUCGCCGAGGAGCGCGCGAAAUUCGACAAGGAGCGCGAGCGCCUGGAAAAGUCCGCGGCCAAGGCCAAGAAGAGCGCCAAGGGCAACACGAAGGCCCUGAGCGCCCUGGCGAAGCAGGUCCGCGCGCUCAAGCCCCAGAUCGCGGCCGCGCGGCGCGAGGCGCGCGCGACGCUCGCGGAGCUGCCGGCCGUGUCCAAGGACGUCGCGGCCCAGAUCCUGAGCCGCGUCCGGUCCACGGAGCGCGAGCUCGCGGAGACGACGCGCAAGUACAAGCGCGAGCUCGGCGAGCGCAAGCGGCUCCACAACCUCGUCCAGGAGCUCCGGGGCAACAUCCGCGUCUUCUGCCGCGUGCGCCCGGUGUCCAAGCGCGAGCGCGAGCACGCGGGCGAGGACAUGGCGUCCUGCGUGAGCUUCCCCAACGACGGCGAGAUCAACGUCGCGAGCGGCCGCAAGGAGAAGACCUUCGAGUACGACCAGGUCUUCAACGUCGACAGCAAGCAGGCGGACGUCUACGAGGAGAUCUCGGGCCUCGUGACGUCCGUGCUCGACGGCUACAACGUCUGCAUCUUCGCCUACGGCCAGACGGGCUCGGGCAAGACGUACACGAUGACGGGCCCGCCGGAAGACCGCGGCUGCAACCUCCGGGCCCUCCAGGACCUCUUCGCCAAGGCCGCGGACCGCCGCGGCGACACGGACGACAAGAUCAAGGUGAGCGUCAUCGAGGUCUACAACGAGCAGAUCCGCGACCUGCUGAGCGACAAGGUCGGCGCGAAGAAGCUCGAGGUCCGCCGGGGCGACCGCGGCAACUACGUGCCCGACCUCACGGAGGUCGACGUCCGCGGCGACGACGAGGUGCUCGAGUUGAUGGCCAUCAGCGACCGCGCGCGGUCCAUGGCGUCGACGGACAUGAACGAGCAGUCGUCGCGGAGCCACAUGCUCAUGAACGUGACCGUCGAGUCGUUCCACAAGGCGACGGGCGUCACGACGGUGGGCAAGCUCCACCUCGUCGAUUUGGCGGGCUCCGAGCGGCCGUCCAAGUCCGGCGCCACGGGCCAGGCGCUCAAGGAGGCGCAGAACAUCAACAAGUCGCUGAGCGCGCUCGGCGACGUCAUCGCGGCGCGCGCGCAGGGCUCCGCGCACAUCCCCUUCCGCAACUCGACGCUCACGCACCUCCUCCAGGACAGCCUGAGCCAGGACUCCAAGACCCUCAUGUUCUGCUGCAUCUCGCCGAUCCUCUACAACGUCGACGAGACCUUCUGCACGCUCACCUUCGCGUCGCGCGUCGGCUCCGUCGAGCUCGGCAAGGCGACGAAGCAG